AUGAAGGUAGCACCUAAUAUUGCUCUUGAUUGGGGCUGUGAAGAUGAAAUGAUUUAUAUGCUAAAUGGCUUUAUUGAUCGAAAAAAAGUCAGUGUUGAAGAUGUAAACUAUGAAAAGGUGGAAGUAUCAGAUCCCGUUGUUCAAAAACGGUGUGAAGAUCAUCACAGAAACGAAUUAAAUCAGCAUCAGAGAGUUUACAUCAUAGAAGAACUACUAGGUGCAAUUAAUCCACUCGAUCCAAAUUUACAUGUAUAUGCCAAUGAGGAACUUGAUGGUGAAGUCACAAACAAAAAUAAUAGUAAACGAAAUAUAUGUGCAAUGUAUGUGGAGAAUGUGGUCAUAACGCCAGGAAAUGUACCAAGCAGCAAAGCAACUUCAUAG